AUGACCCACAGCUCGAAAGGGAGUACCGGCCGUCAUCAUCACAGGACAUCCGCCGUUCCGAGCGACAAGACGGAGAGAGGCGAACUCAGCGCCGAUCCAGCCAAGACGAGUCAGAUGACGACCGUCACGCCCAAAGAGGACCAAGGCGGAAGCGGUCCCACUCGCUCCAGUAGUCGGGGGUCACUGCGCUUGCACGAGCCACCGCCUGAAAUGGGGAAGAGGAAGGUGCGAACGAGACAGCGGCUGAGUCCGACGGAGAGGGUAUAUGAGGAUCCAGAGGCGGCCAAGGCUGCUUUCCAGGCGGAGAGGGUGGGGAACCCCUUUCAUCGGCGGGCACCCACCCCGUAUACGUCUCGGGCGAGACGGCGGUCAGGCAGUCAGAGUACGGCGGGGUCGGGCGGUGGAUCGGGAGGGGAGAGCGGGUCGGACGCGACGAGGCAGGCGAUCGGGCGGAAAGCGUCGGGGAGGAGUUUGAGGUCAAGGGUGUCGUUUGAGGAUGGAAGUUUGUCGAGGAGGAGGGGAGGUGAUUCGGGGGAAGAAGGUGAUGCGUCAGGAGAGGAGGGAUAUCGUCCUCGAUCUACCCUCGGGGCGUGGGAACCAGGAUUCGGCGCGACACAGGGGAUAGGGGCAGCGGGGGAAGCCAUCGAGGUGAUAGGAUUGGGAAGAAAGACGCCCCGCCAUCGCAUCUUCAAGCGCGAAAUGCUCAAGCCCGCUCUCAGAUCAGCCAUGUCGAGCCGGGUCGACCUCACUACCACCUCCCACGGCGGGGGAGGCAAUUGUGGACGAGACAAGCCCCUUCCUGGACGGCCAGGGAGCAUCGUAUCGAGCGUCAUCGACGUGCUGCGUAGUAGGCCUAGCCUUCCGCCAGAGAAUGGUCACCGGGACCACCAGCCGCAGCGGCACCAGCGGGGUCCGCCGAGCUCUUUCCGGCGUCCUGUUCCAGGCCAAGCUACAUCCCACUCGCCUACCGACUCUGUCAGCCAACAAGCGGCAGAGCACCAUACUUCUCCCCAGAGGACCGGCGGACCCCAGACCUCACCCGACUUCCCGCUUAUCCGAGCUCGGUCAUUCCAGGCACCCUCGAAUGCCUGGCCGGACCAGCUUUCCCCCAUCUCCCCUCUUCCGCCUCCAGCUCAAACAGCUCCACCGCGCCCCUCCCUCCGCGCCCUAUUCUCCUCCUUUUCCCGCAACCUCAACUUUGACGAUGCGCCCUUCGGCGGCAGUGGAGGGGGUCUUUCUCGUCGUCCCCACUCGCCCAUCUUGCUCGUCCCGCCUGCAGAAAACCUCUUUGCCUAUCUUGCGACUAUAUAUCUGGCGGAAUGGCGGGAGUGGCCUGUUCCUCCUGGUGAAGGUGGAAGCAAACGGGAGCGAGGCGUGAUGUCCAAAAAGAACGGCGCGGCGGGGUGGGAGUGGUACCGCCGGGCAGAGGCGGCUGAGGGGAGCCGGGGCAUGAGAGCUCUGACGUCUUGGGGCACGUUGGACCGAUUCUGGGACAGGCAGAUUGUCGACUGGUGUCAGCAAAAUGUCCCGUCCGAGCCGGUCGAUCCCGAAAACAGGUGGGGAAAGCAAAUCUUCGCGCUUCCUGCGCAAGGGUAUCAGACGCUCGAAUUCUACGACGAGAAGGCGCAGAGUACGCCGGAUAACGGUCUGCUCAGCUGGGUGACUGGAUCGCUCCUUCAAACAGCCACCUCUGUACUGCACAUGCUGCGCCACUCCGCUUCACCCUUCGCAUUCCACCUCAUCCCUUCACCUCCGCCCCCAUAUGCGCCUCAGCCGCAGCAUCGCCGUACCCGCUCGAAAGAUAGUCACGCGCUGUGGGAAGGCUUCGGCACCCUCGUCUCGGUACACAAAGACAAUUCGAGCGAUCGGUCGAUGAUACUGGAGGUCAGGCCGCCGGGCAUCGUAUCCAGCGCGGUGAUGCGAGAGUUCGCAAAGCCGAGGAGGGAAUGGUGGAUGUUGCCCUCCGAGGCGUACACUGGGGACGUGGGGCAGGCGAACCUGUUGCAGGCUCAGGAGGUAUAUGAUGCUUGUGUGCAGAACCAGGUGUUCUUCUUUGUGGUAACGAAUCUGAAGUAUUGGGUUUUCGGAACUUUCAACUCAAAUUACACCAGCGCGUCAUGCUCGCCUGUUUUGCAUCGCAAAGCAAAAGAGCCAUCAGUGAUGCAGUGCAUGGCGUCGUGGCUGGUCCGAUCGGUAGACGAGCGACCAAAAGCGAGCGAGCCAGUCCCGCUGAACAUCAUACCCCCUCCUUCCCCUCAAUCACCUCUCGCACCGCCUUACUCCCAGCCCAACCCCGCUCAGCGGUCCCAACCUCACUCCCGUCACUCGCGAUCCCGAUCACACCCCACUUCGAGCCCGGUUCCGACCUACGAAUACGUCCACCAGCCGCAGCAAGCCUGGCAGAAUCACGCCGGGGUCGGCUGGACCGGACAGCACCAAGCUUACGAGUACAACCCCUACCCCUCACCCGCAUUGAGCGACUUCGGGUACCCCGCUUAUGGGAUGCACGGAAUGGGCAUGGGUAUGCAGGGGUAUGGCGGUCAUGGCGAGGGUCAGGGCGGAGGGUAUGGGUAUGGCACAUGGUCGCCUGGCGGAGGGGCGCAGGGGUAUCCGGGCAGGCACGGAAACUCGCCUGUUCCGCAAGCGCAGGCGCAGAAUUCGAUGGGUGGGUUCUGGUAUGGCAGUACCGGGUGGGGCAGGUGA